UUGACAUCCUUUCAUCUAUUGGAUUUCACAUGAAUGGCUGAAAAUGAUUGUGACUUUCCAUACCACAAAAAAAAGCCAUAUAAUAUACGAUCCCAAGCAAAAAGAUGCACAAUUGGAGGUCUCAUUGAAGGGCAUUUCUGUAAAUAUUGGCAACUUGAAAAGAACGUACAAAGUAUUGUUUAGAAAAAUGGAUCAAGGACCUGGAUUGACCAUAUAGAAAACUAACUAGCCAAGUGAAUCGGUAUUUUUAUAAAAGAAUAAAAAUGCAUAGAAAAAAUAAAAGUCAAAAUAAUAAAAGGUGCGGCCGGAUCGACUGGUUUUGUUAAAGAACCAGUCGGUUCCUGAUAAAUAGGAAGAAUCGAACAAGUCCCACAUAUUUUCGAUCCGGAUUGGACGAUGACGAUCCAAAUUGACGUUUCUUCAAAUAUUCAUACGAGAAUAAUAUGAAAUGAGGACCACAAAUUUCUUUCCUUGAGCAAAAAGACUGACUUUCUAAGAUUAUCGCCAUGUGAAAUUUUGAGGUCCACUUCAAAAUUACUGGAGAUUAUUCAAAAGAUGAUUAUUUUGCAUUCCUAAACACAUAAAUUCAACUCUUAAAAAGUUUGGUCUUGAUGUUUGUUUUUGUUCAAGUUUAUGUAAAAUACUAUGAUUUUUAUUUUGCAAAGCUCCGCCACGAUGUUCAAUUGAAGAUUUUACAUCUUGAAAAUUUGAAGUCCCUGGGUUGGUGAUAGCAUGCACAUUUGGUUUGCAUGAAAUAGCAUGCACAUUUGGUUUGCAUGAAAAAUUCUCUCGAUUGUCAAGUGUAGGAAUAUCUUUCAUACCAAUUAAUCUUAGUGCAUCUUUUCUUAUCAAUUGACAACUAAUUGAUGUGAAAAUAUUCUCACACUUAACUAUAUAAAAGAAUUUUUUCAUGUGAAAAAAUAUUUUCACGCAAACCACACAUGCCAACAUAGAGUUUUGCCCAAAGGAAGUUAAAAGAUAGGUUCUUGCAGCAGGAUAUAAUCGUUUUUUUUGACAAAUCUCCAUAGUAAAGAAUGCCAUUAAAGAAUGCCAUUAGGAGGAUUUAAACCUUGCUCAUCUUGCACUCAUUCCUUGAAUUCUACCACUACAUCAAAUUUGUAGGUUGCACCUCUAUAUAUUCCUUUGGCAAGGACAAGAUAGGUGGAAAGUGCUUAUUGUGGGAGCACAGCAUGCACUUGCUCUGACGUGAGGGAGAAGUAUUGCACGAUGGGAGCACGUGCUACACUAAUUUGUCCAAAAAUAUGUCGAAAAAAGUUUAUAUAAGGUGCACCACAAAAAUCCAUUAGAAAAAGUUGUUUUUGAUGUUGGAAGCCCUCUUAAUUGAUCAUCUCGACAUCAUGAUGUAUAAAAAUAUUUUUUUAAAAAAAAUCGAGCUCCAAAAAGUAGUGUCUUAUUAAGAGAGUCUAGACCGUCCAUUUUUCAAAAUUUUCAUGUGUUUAUAAAUUUACUUGAUUUGAACCACUAUUGGAGUUUGAAAUGGUAUUAAGAGAGAUGAAAAUAAAUUCCCAGGUCAUCCUAAGAAAUUAUGGCACCAAUAUUACAUCUUAUGAUAAAAUUUGAAGUCAUGCAUUAUUUCGAUUAUUUAAUGUUGCAACCUUAUGCAAGCUAUAUCGGAAACCUGGUGAAUAAUUUUCUUGAUCUAAAAUUUACCAAAAGAUUACAUGCUCUUACAGGGCACAUGAUCCAUUCACUCUUAAAUCUCCAUUCUAGGAUCCCAUAUCUUGGUAAUGAAACCUUCUCAAUCUAGCAACAAACGUAAGGGAAAAAAAAAUGCAAACUUCAACUGCUUAAAACAAACAAUAACAUAAUAUCUCUAAUUUGUCAUCAUCCGAGUUUUAUCCCAACUAUUUGUUGUGAACAACCCUUCAAAAAUUUUAACGGUCAAAUCUCAAAGUGUUUACUAACUGAUAUUUGAAUUUCUUAUCUUUCUAAAAAAUACUCAUUAGUGAUUCUAAAUGGGAUCGUCAAAUUCCAUUAAAAAAAAAAAAAAAAUUUCCUAAGUUGCUAAAUGCCAAGGGAGUAAGUGCAUGCUGUGCUAACUAUGGUAUUUUGAGCCGAAAAUUUCCAAAAAAUCUGCAAAAUGCAUGGGCAUUUUCGUCUUUCGCCUCCCACCUCGCCAAACGGAUACUUCGUGGGGGCAUAUUUGCUGUCCCUCCAAUCAAUUUGCAUUUCUUAUAGAGAGAGAGAGGAGAAUCGAAGUUUUUUAGAGAGAGAGAAGAGAAUCGAAAUUUUUAGAGAGAGAAAGAAUGAAGGGUGGCGGAGAAGAAUGCAUCUCAAACUUUUGGGUUCUUAUUUAAAGAGGAAAAACAAAGCCUGAAAUAUAGAGAGAGAGAGGCGAGAAUGGAGAAUGGGAGAGAAGAGAGGGGGCGCAAUGUGAGGGGGUGCAUAAAGAGAACGGCGGGGCCGUGGAUUGUGAGACGUCGGAAAGGAGGAAGCAAGGGUGAUGAGGUGGCUGUUACAUUGAGGAGGCCAUCGGCUAGAGAGAGAGAGAACAACAGGUGGAGAGAGAGGAAGAGGAGGGCGGUGGCGGCCAGGAUAUUUGCGGGGCUGAGAGCUUAUGGCAACUACAACCUGCCCACCCACUCUGACCAGAAUGAGGUGCUCAAGGCGCUCUGUACAGAGGCUGGCUGGCACGUCGACGACGAUGGCACCACCUACAGGAAGAACACUAUUGCUAAGAGCAAGAAGCCAUCUGAAAUGGAGCAGUCCAAAGAAGUGGAGAAAGCCGAUGAAGCAAAGCCAGAUUUGAAUCUUCUUCCCCAUGAAAAACCAGAUGCUUCAGCUUCUCAAUUACAAAAGAUCGAUUCCCCGUUUCUGAUAAUGCAGCAAAAGCAUGGAAUUGCAGGAACGGAUGUCCAGGUCAAAUAUGAGGAUGCUUUACAGUCAUCAAAAAUUGAUUCAAGUUCGGGUCCAUUAGAAUCUUCGACCGAAGCGUUCCUCUGUGGAUUCUGGUGAAGACCAACUCACUCUUUAUCUCUAGGACUCGGACUAGAAUCUACUUCGACAUAGUGAAAAUUUGGUGGAAAUGAGAGAGAGAGAGAGAGAGUAAUAAUCUUAGGCAGAGAGGAGAUUCAUGGACCUUUACAAUGAGAAGUGAGCCGAUAUCUUGCGGAAAUUAGUUAGAUUACAGCUGAAUACCUUGGAAUUUUGUGAAAAUUUAAGGCACUUGUGGAUUUUCAGUUUUUGUUACGGAAAUGUAAUAGUUAGGUCAAUACUCCGCGGCAGCUCUUAUCUUUAGUAAUUUAUGAGAAAAUGGGACAUGGUGAAAUACAAAAAGGGAAACUUUAUAUA